AUGGCACCCCAAACGGAGCAGGGCAGAACCGUUCGCAUUGCGGCGGCAUGUACAGAGUGUCAACGCCGAAAGCAAAAGUGCAGCCGGGAGUGGCCAUGUAAUCACUGUCAGACGAGACGAAUGCCGCAUCUGUGUAAAUUUGCACCCAGGAAGGUGUUGAGGGCGGGUGCUCCGACCGUCAAUAACACAAAUGCAAGUAGCAAUCACGGUGUCAAUGUGCCAAUCCAACAAACCCCAUCUGAACCUGCUAUCCCAGACGUCACCGGCGAUGAGGAUAUUCGGAUCUUAGGGUAUCUUCCUAAUGAGCAAUACUCGCCGGUCGAAAACACCGAGGCCUUGUCUCCUGAGAUGGAGAGCGCCUUGCGAGCGGUCCCUCCGAAGCCCUAUACAGACAUCCUGGUGCAACAUUUCCUGGGUGAUACAAAUUAUCACUACUAUGCUCUGUAUCCGCCAAUGUUCUCCUACGAUUAUUCCGUAUGGUGGACAAACAGGACUCGGGCUCAAGUACUGACUCCCCAAUUCACAUGUCUGCUUUUGCGAGUAUGUGCAUGCUCAGCGCUCUAUCUCGAUAUGAGACUGCAACAGAAGCUCGAAACAGAGUUGGGUGAAAGCGUCCAAUCCUUAUCCGAACGCUAUCAUAACGCUGCCCAACGGUUAAGCGGCACCGUUUCCCCAGGUAAAGGUGGCCUAGCGCAAGUGCAGCAGCUAUUCCUUAUGGCAUUCUGGUACAAGAAAGAAGGUCUUUUUAUCGAGUCCUGGCACUCGCUAAGCGCUUCCAUUCACGAGGCGCAAGAAUUGGGCUUGUAUAAGCGAUCUUUCAGCUCGGAACUGUCUGAGUUUGACAAGGAGAUGAGGAGACGAAUUUGGUGUCUCCUAUAUGCUUGGGACUGGCAAAUGUCUCUUAUGCUAGCGCGUCCGUUUGUCAUCAACACCAAUUAUUACAGCUUUGAACUGCCCAAUCUGCGGUUGGAGAGCCUUGAUAUGCCAGAAGGAGUACCGUCCCCGAUGGCACACAUCGCCCUCCAAUGCGAACUGGGCAAAGAGAUGUCAAAGAUACCUGAAGUUCCAGGGGGUAUCAUGUCGCCUGAACAAACAUACUCCAUUCAACGAACAGCUGAGAAUUGGAUGGCUUCCUUCCCGCAAGCUUAUGGCAUCACAAACCCGGACAUGCGUUGGGACAAAGAUUACCACUACGUGACGUUCCAGCGUUAUCAAUUGCAGGCUAUAGGACACAUGAUGAUUUUCUUCCCUGUGAAGCUGACCCUCACAAGGAGCGUCGACUCGAUGACAGAUACCGAGAAGAACAUGCGACAGACGGCCGUUCACUGCGCAUUGAAGUUGAUGGAGAUCUCCCGUCAGCUAUUAGACUGCUUGCUUCCCAUAAAUGCCAAGUUCUACCUGGCGACUUUCCUCAUCUUCGACACGGCCGCUUGCCUAUGUUCCGCUAUCGCCCAUGACAGCGACUACUCACUUCCCCAGCGGGAAAAGAUUAUCGAGACGAUUGGCUCUGCUCUAAUCAUGUUAGAUCAGGUCCGGAACACCAAGCUCGGUGCAACAUGCUAUGCGAUUCUUAGAAGAAUCGUGCCGCAACUUCCCCAAGAACUGACAGAACGGAUAUUGCAUGAGUCCAUGUCGCCGGGAAGUUCAUCAACAGGAGGAGGUCCCAGAACCCCAUCUGAUAGUCAUCAUGAUAAUCAGCAAUUUCCUCCUGGAUAUACGAACAGUAUGUUUGGGGCACCCCCGACCACGAGUGCCUUUGAUCCUGGAAUGUCAUCGUCUUCAGGGAUGGGGUUCUAUAAUGCGGGAGUUACAAUGCCUCAACUGACGAGUCUCAAUGAUUUGUCUGAUAUGGAUCUCGGUGGGCUGAGUCAGAUUUGGGAUUGGGGAUACCUCGGGUUCACGGCUUGA